AACAGUGUGGAGGGUCUCAACCAGGAGAUUGAACGCAUCAUCAUCCGUGACACAACACAACUACGAGAUGAGGUUAUUAUUGUGAGUCCUUGUUCUUGUUAACUCAGACACACACACACACACACACACACACACACACACACACACACAUACACACACCCACACACACACACACACCCACACACACACUCACACACACACACACACAUAUGAAGUGUUAUUAUUUAUGUGUGCUUUGGGUUCAGCCCCAAGACGUCCCAGACGGGCACCGCGCCCCCCCGCCCAUCCCCGCCCAGCGCAGCAGCUCCACACGCAGCAUCGACACACAGACCCCCUCAGGGGGGGGCCUCUGUGGCGGUAAACAUAGCAACAGCAGCAGCCGGCCCGACUCCAUCUCUCCCUCCUACCUCACCAUCCUCAACGAUAUGGGAGGAGGCAGCCCCUACCCCGCAGAGGAGAAAGGUACGCCCGACUCCAUCUCUCCCUCCUACCUCACCAUCCUCAGCGAUGUGGGAGGAGGCAGCCCCUACCCCGCAGAGGAGAAAGGUACACACAUAUCCAUAGCUUUGUCCCCCUCCGUCCCUGAAUAUUGGGACUAACCUGCUCCCUGUCUGUCUGUCUGUCUGUCCUCAGAACUGGGUCCCUGCUCUCCUCUCCCGAAGUACGCAGCGUCUCCGAAGCCCAACAACAGCUACAUGUUCAAGAGGGAGCCGCCGGAGGGCUGUGAGAAGGUCAAGGUCUUUGAGGAGUCACUGUGAGUACAGCCUAACCCUUGACCUCUGACCCCUAACCCUAACCCCUAACCCUAACCCUAACCCUUGACCUCUGACCCCUAACCCUAACCCGUGACCCUAACCGUCCUGAGGGCUGUGAGAGUACCUCCCGAGUGGCGCAGUGGUCUAAGGCAGUGCCAGCUGGACAGUAUAAGGAAAAUGACAAUUGGCUCAGAACCGGGCAGCACGGCUGGCCCUUAAAUGUACACAGAGAGCUAACAUUAAUAAUAUGCAUGUCAAUCUCUCAUGGCUCAAAGUAGAGGAGAGAUUCUUCAUCACUACUUGUAUUUGUAAGAAGUGUUGACAAGCUGAAUGCACCGAGCUGUCUGUUUAAACUACUAGCACACAGCUAAUAAAUACAAAUACAAAAAUACAAUACAUUGUCUUACAUCAGAUAUCGCGUUGAUUCAACCUGCAUUGAUCUGUCUCGUAUCUCGCAAAGAGUCAUGGGAUAGAUCAAAGUGUGUACAAAAAUAUGACCUAGGUGACAUGGCCUAAUGAACCCCAUUUGAUCCUCAAAACAGGCUGAAUUAAUAAAACAAGAAAUCUGUAAAUAAUAUUUUAGUUUUUUGUUGUUGAAGAAGUCACCAAAAUAUAUGGAGUUUCGCAGAGCAACUAUCUUAAUUUACUUCCAAAAAAGGUCUAAAUAAUAAUGUACAAGCAACUGAAAUAAAGGCCUUUUCGGCAACUUCACGGUCAAUAAAUGUAGUUAUUUUCUGCUACUAGUCGGGAUGCUGAGGCUGCUGCAGCGCACCCUGAAAAAUCAUUCUAAAUAUAUAUCUUAUUUUUUCACAAAAGUAGUGCACUGGGCCUUUACUCGUCCUGUAUCAGCGCCCUGAUAUAGCCGUCUGUAGUGUGGGCUGAAGAAUGGCAGCGCCCUGAUAUAGCCGUCUGUAGUGUGGGUUACUCGUCCUGUAUCAGCCCCCUGAUAUAGCCGUCUGUAGUGUGGGUUACUCGUCCUGUAUCAGCGCCCUGAUAUAGCCGUCUGUAGUGUGGGUUACUCGUCCUGUAUCAGCGGCCUGAUAUAGCCGUCUGUAGUGUGGGUUACUCGUCCUGUAUCAGCGCCCUGAUAUAGCCGUCUGUAGUGUGGGCUACUCGUCCUGUAUCAGCGCCCUGAUAUAGCCGUCUGUAGUGUGGGUUACUCGUCCUGUAUCAGCGCCCUGAUAUAGCCGUCUGUAGUGUGGGCUGAAGAAUGGCAGCGCCCUGAUAUAGCCGUCUGUAGUGUGGGCUACUCGUCCUGUAUCAGCGCCCUGAUAUAGCCGUCUGUAGUGUGGGCUACUCGUCCUGUAUCAGCGCCCUGAUAUAGCCGUCUGUAGUGUGGGUUACUCGUCCUGUAUCAGCGCCCUGAUAUAGCCGUCUGUAGUGUGGGUUACUCGUCCUGUAUCAGCGCCCUGAUAUAGCCGUCUGUAGUGUGGGUUACUCGUCCUGUAUCAGCGCCCUGAUAUAGCCGUCUGUAGUGUGGGUUACUCGUCCUGUAUCAGCGCCCUGAUAUAGCCGUCUGUAGUGUGGGUUACUCGUCCUGUAUCAGCGCCCUGAUAUAGCCGUCUGUAGUGUGGGUUACUCGUCCUGUAUCAGCGCCCUGAUAUAGCCGUCUGUAGUGUGGGGUUACUCGUCCUGUAUCAGCGCCCUGAUAUAGCCGUCUGUAGUGUGGGCUACUCGUCCUGUAUCAGCGCCCUGAUAUAGCCGUCUGUAGUGUGGGCUGAAGAAUGGCAGCGCCCUGAUAUAGCCGUCUGUAGUGUGGGCUACUCGUCCUGUAUCAGCGCCCUGAUAUAGCCGUCUGUAGUGUGGGUUACUCGUCCUGUAUCAGCGCCCUGAUAUAGCCGUCUGUAGUGUGGGUUACUCGUCCUGUAUCAGCGCCCUGAUAUAGCCGUCUGUAGUGUGGGUUACUCGUCCUGUAUCAGCGCCCUGAUAUAGCCGUCUGUAGUGUGGGCUACUCGUCCUGUAUCAGCGCCCUGAUAUAGCCGUCUGUAGUGUGGGCUGAAGAAUGGCAGCGCCCUGAUAUAGCCGUCUGUAGUGUGGGCUGAAGAAUGGCAGCGCCCUGAUAUAGCCGUCUGUAGUGUGGGCUGAAGAAUGGCAGCGCCCUGAUAUAGCCGUCUGUAGUGUGGGUUACUCGUCCUGUAUCAGCGCCCUGAUAUAGCCGUCUGUAGUGUGGGUUACUCGUCCUGUAUCAGCGCCCUGAUAUAGCCGUCUGUAGUGUGGGUUACUCGUCCUGUAUCAGCGCCCUGAUAUAGCCGUCUGUAGUGUGGGUUACUCGUCCUGUAUCAGCGCCCUGAUAUAGCCGUCUGUAGUGUGGGUUACUCGUCCUGUAUCAGCGCCCUGAUAUAGCCGUCUGUAGUGUGGGUUACUCGUCCUGUAUCAGCGCCCUGAUAUAGCCGUCUGUAGUGUGGGUUACUCGUCCUGUAUCAGCGCCCUGAUAUAGCCGUCUGUAGUGUGGGUUACUCGUCCUGUAUCAGCGCCCUGAUAUAGCCGUCUGUAGUGUGGGCUACUCGUCCUGUAUCAGCGCCCUGAUAUAGCCGUCUGUAGUGUGGGUUACUCGUCCUGUAUCAGCGCCCUGAUAUAGCCGUCUGUAGUGUGGGCUGAAGAAUGGCAGCGCCCUGAUAUAGCCGUCUGUAGUGUGGGUUACUCGUCCUGUAUCAGCGCCCUGAUAUAGCCGUCUGUAGUGUGGGUUACUCGUCCUGUAUCAGCGCCCUGAUAUAGCCGUCUGUAGUGUGGGCUAAAGAAUGGCAGCGCCCUGAUAUAGCCGUCUGUAGUGUGGGUUACUCGUCCUGUAUCAGCGCCCUGAUAUAGCCGUCUGUAGUGUGGGUUACUCGUCCUGUAUCAGCGCCCUGAUAUAGCCAUCUGUAGUGUGGGUUACUCGUCCUGUAUCAGCGGCCUGAUAUAGCCGUCUGUAGUGUGGGCUACUCGUCCUGUAUCAGCGCCCUGAUAUAGCCGUCUGUAGUGUGGGUUACUCGUCCUGUAUCAGCGCCCUGAUAUAGCCGUCUGUAGUGUGGGUUACUCGUCCUGUAUCAGCGCCCUGAUAUAGCCGUCUGUAGUGUGGGCUGAAGAAUGGCAGCGCCCUGAUAUAGCCGUCUGUAGUGUGGGCUGAAGAAUGGCAGCGCCCUGAUAUAGCCGUCUGUAGUGUGGGCUAAAGAAUGGCAGCGCCCUGAUAUAGCCGUCUGUAGUGUGGGCUAAAGAAUGGCAGCGCCCUGAUAUAGCCGUCUGUAGUGUGGGCUGAAGAAUGGCAGCGCCCUGAUAUAGCCGUCUGUAGUGUGGGCUGAAGAAUGGCAGCGCCCUGAUAUAGCCGUCUGUAGUGUGGGCUGAAGAAUGGCAGCGCCCUGAUAUAGCCGUCUGUAGUGUGGGCUACUCGUCCUGUAUCAGCGCCCUGAUAUAGCCGUCUGUAGUGUGGGCUAAAGAAUGGCAGCGCCCUGAUAUAGCCGUCUGUAGUGUGGGCUAAAGAAUGGCAGCGCCCUGAUAUAGCCGUCUGUAGUGUGGGCUACUCGUCCUGUAUCAGCGCCCUGAUAUAGCCGUCUGUAGUGUGGGUUACUCGUCCUGUAUCAGCCCCCUGAUAUAGCCGUCUGUAGUGUGGGUUACUCGUCCUGUAUCAGCGCCCUGAUAUAGCCGUCUGUAGUGUGGGUUACUCGUCCUGUAUCAGCGGCCUGAUAUAGCCGUCUGUAGUGUGGGUUACUCGUCCUGUAUCAGCGCCCUGAUAUAGCCGUCUGUAGUGUGGGCUACUCGUCCUGUAUCAGCGCCCUGAUAUAGCCGUCUGUAGUGUGGGUUACUCGUCCUGUAUCAGCGCCCUGAUAUAGCCGUCUGUAGUGUGGGUUACUCGUCCUGUAUCAGCGCCCUGAUAUAGCCGUCUGUAGUGUGGGCUGAAGAAUGGCAGCGCCCUGAUAUAGCCGUCUGUAGUGUGGGCUACUCGUCCUGUAUCAGCGCCCUGAUAUAGCCGUCUGUAGUGUGGGUUUACUCGUCCUGUAUCAGCCCCCUGAUAUAGCCGUCUGUAGUGUGGGUUACUCGUCCUGUAUCAGCGCCCUGAUAUAGCCGUCUGUAGUGUGGGUUACUCGUCCUGUAUCAGCGCCCUGAUAUAGCCGUCUGUAGUGUGGGUUACUCGUCCUGUAUCAGCGCCCUGAUAUAGCCGUCUGUAGUGUGGGUUACUCGUCCUGUAUCAGCGCCCUGAUAUAGCCGUCUGUAGUGUGGGUUACUCGUCCUGUAUCAGCGCCCUGAUAUAGCCGUCUGUAGUGUGGGUUACUCGUCCUGUAUCAGCGGCCUGAUAUAGCCGUCUGUAGUGUGGGCUGAAGAAUGGCAGCGCCCUGAUAUAGCCGUCUGUAGUGUGGGCUACUCGUCCUGUAUCAGCGCCCUGAUAUAGCCGUCUGUAGUGUGGGUUACUCGUCCUGUAUCAGCGCCCUGAUAUAGCCGUCUGUAGUGUGGGUUACUCGUCCUGUAUCAGCGCCCUGAUAUAGCCGUCUGUAGUGUGGGCUACUCGUCCUGUAUCAGCGCCCUGAUAUAGCCGUCUGUAGUGUGGGCUGAAGAAUGGCAGCGCCCUGAUAUAGCCGUCUGUAGUGUGGGCUACUCGUCCUGUAUCAGCGCCCUGAUAUAGCCGUCUGUAGUGUGGGUUACUCGUCCUGUAUCAGCGCCCUGAUAUAGCCGUCUGUAGUGUGGGUUACUCGUCCUGUAUCAGCGGCCUGAUAUAGCCGUCUGUAGUGUGGGCUACUCGUCCUGUAUCAGCGCCCUGAUAUAGCCGUCUGUAGUGUGGGUUACUCGUCCUGUAUCAGCGCCCUGAUAUAGCCGUCUGUAGUGUGGGUUACUCGUCCUGUAUCAGCGCCCUGAUAUAGCCGUCUGUAGUGUGGGCUGAAGAAUGGCAGCGCCCUGAUAUAGCCGUCUGUAGUGUGGGCUGAAGAAUGGCAGCGCCCUGAUAUAGCCGUCUGUAGUGUGGGCUAAAGAAUGGCAGCGCCCUGAUAUAGCCGUCUGUAGUGUGGGCUGAAGAAUGGCAGCGCCCUGAUAUAGCCGUCUGUAGUGUGGGCUAAAGAAUGGCAGCGCCCUGAUAUAGCCGUCUGUAGUGUGGGCUACUCGUCCUGUAUCAGCGCCCUGAUAUAGCCGUCUGUAGUGUGGGUUACUCGUCCUGUAUCAGCGCCCUGAUAUAGCCGUCUGUAGUGUGGGUUACUCGUCCUGUAUCAGCGCCCUGAUAUAGCCGUCUGUAGUGUGGGCUGAAGAAUGGCAGCGCCCUGAUAUAGCCGUCUGUAGUGUGGGCUACUCGUCCUGUAUCAGCGCCCUGAUAUAGCCGUCUGUAGUGUGGGUUACUCGUCCUGUAUCAGCCCCCUGAUAUAGCCGUCUGUAGUGUGGGUUACUCGUCCUGUAUCAGCGCCCUGAUAUAGCCGUCUGUAGUGUGGGUUACUCGUCCUGUAUCAGCGCCCUGAUAUAGCCGUCUGUAGUGUGGGUUACUCGUCCUGUAUCAGCGCCCUGAUAUAGCCGUCUGUAGUGUGGGCUACUCGUCCUGUAUCAGCGCCCUGAUAUAGCCGUCUGUAGUGUGGGCUGAAGAAUGGCAGCGCCCUGAUAUAGCCGUCUGUAGUGUGGGCUACUCGUCCUGUAUCAGCGCCCUGAUAUAGCCGUCUGUAGUGUGGGUUACUCGUCCUGUAUCAGCGCCCUGAUAUAGCCGUCUGUAGUGUGGGUUACUCGUCCUGUAUCAGCGGCCUGAUAUAGCCGUCUGUAGUGUGGGUUACUCGUCCUGUAUCAGCGCCCUGAUAUAGCCGUCUGUAGUGUGGGUUACUCGUCCUGUAUCAGCGCCCUGAUAUAGCCGUCUGUAGUGUGGGCUGAAGAAUGGCAGCGCCCUGAUAUAGCCGUCUGUAGUGUGGGCUGAAGAAUGGCAGCGCCCUGAUAUAGCCGUCUGUAGUGUGGGCUAAAGAAUGGCAGCGCCCUGAUAUAGCCGUCUGUAGUGUGGGCUGAAGAAUGGCAGCACCCUGAUAUAGCCGUCUGUAGUGUGGGCUGAAGAAUGGCAGCGCCCUGAUAUAGCCGUCUGUAGUGUGGGCUGAAGAAUGGCAGCGCCCUGAUAUAGCCGUCUGUAGUGUGGGCUGAAGAAUGGCAGCGCCCCCACCCUCACCCAAAACAUCUUCCCACGGCUAUGCUUGUAGACCACUGUCUGUCAUUUGUCUCAAUAUACAGGACCAGUCAAAAGUUUGGACACACCUACUCAUUCAUGGGUUUUCCUUUAUUUUUUUAUUUUUUUCUACAUUGUAGAAUAAUAGUGAAGACAUCAAAACUAUGAAAUAACACUUAUGGAAUCAUGUAGUAACCAAAAAAGUGUUAAACAAAUCAGAAUAUAUUUUAUAUUUUAUAUUCUUCAUAGUAGCCACCCUUUGCCUUGAUGACAGCUUUGCACACUCUUGGCAUUCUCUCAACCAGCUUUGGCAUUCUCUCAACACUUUUUUGAUACUUUUUAAUACUACGAAGGUUGUAACGAUUUACUUAUUAGUCUUAAGAUGCUUUUGGGAAACCGGGCCCAGCUACUUCCCUACCUACCGGGCCCAGCUACCUCCCUACCUACCGGGCCCAGCUACCUCCCUACCUACCGGGCCCAGCUACCUCCCUACCUACCGGGCCCAGCUACUUCCCUACCCUACCGGGCCCAGCUACCUCCCUACCUACCGGGCCCAGCUACCUCCCUACCUACCGGGCCCAGCUACCUCCCUACCUACCGGGCCCAGCUACCUCCCUACCUACCGGGCCCAGCUACCUCCCUACCUACCGGGCCCAGCUACCUCCCUACCUACCGGGCCCAGCUACCUCCCUACCUACCGGGCCCAGCUACCUCCCUACCUACCGGGCCCAGCUACCUCCCUACCUACCGGGCCCAGCUACCUCCCUAUCUACCGAGUGCUGCACGAACAACGCUGACUCAAACUAUCUUUGGCUUCAAACAAACGCCAACUACUGUAGUAGCUUUAUAUAUUAUUAACAUAUUAUUAUUAUAGUAGCUAACAUCAUUAUGAGUUUUCAUAAAGCAGCUGCUGCUGUGCUCUGCUGACCCAACGUUACAAAAGUAACAAUAGCGAUCGCGGAGAAAUACGUUGAUCUUCGGACUGAUUUAUGAUAACAGUCCCUCUUAAUUUUGGUGCCGUAUGUCUACAACUUCAGGGUCAUUUAAUAAACAAGCGGUUUAUGUAAAGUAGAGCUAGUUAGCUAGUUAUUUCAGCUAGCUAGCUAACGUGACAAAUAGCUGGUCAAGUCACAGGCGGCCGAUGUGUUUGCAAAUUUUUUCACAGGAGGUAGCUACCGUUUGGUUUUUAUUUUCUCACAAUUGCUUAUUAUAAAAUCCCUGUCACAACAUGUGUAAUCAUUUAGCUAGAUAUUCUGCCUAUUUCAUAGACAUUUAAUGAGAGCGCAGUGAUCUUAUAAGGAACUAUAUAAGCUCAUACUAGCUUCCCGAGUGGCGCAGUGGUCUAAGGCACUGCAUCGCAGUGCUAGCUGUGCCACUAGAGAUCCUGGUUCGAAUCCAGGCUCUGUCGUAGCCAGCCGCAACCGGGAGACCAAUGGGGCGGCGCACAAUUGGCCCAGCGUCGUCCAGGGUAGGGGAGGGAAUGGCCGGCAGGGAGGUAGCUCAGUUGGUAGAGCAUGGCGUUUGCAACGCCAGGGUUGUGGGUUCGAUUCCCAUGGGGUAUGAAAAAAAUAAUAAUAAAAGAAUAAUGGCUCUGGAUAAGAGCGUCUGCUAAAUGACGUAAACUAUGUUUUCAUUUUGGAUGGUGGAUGAUCUGGAAUAUUCCACCUUGAAUAUGACUUCCACCAGAGAGGAAGAGGCGAAGCAUGAGGUUUCACUCUGAAUAUGACUUCCACCAGAUAGGAAGAGGCGAAGCAUGAGGUUUCACUCUGAAGAUGACUUCCACCAGAGAGGAAGAGGCGAAGCAUGAGCUUUCACUCUCGCCAAAAUCUGUCCAAAAAUAAACCCAAUGCGUUUCUAUGGGCUUAUUCUGGACGUAAACUUGUCGCCUGCCUUGCCGCCUUUUGGGACAACGACUCCCAUCGUUAGGGCAAUCUCGUCAUUAUAUACAGAUCUCUGGUUCCACGUCCUACAAGAGAGAUGGUUAGUGUUAAUCUGGGAUCCUCGGGACGUCCCUACCCUAAACCCUAACCACAGAGUUUCUAAACCCAGAGGCACAACAUCGUGAGACUUCCGGGAACACUUGCGGAACAGACCAAACAGACCAGGCCGGGGGUUUGGGGUUUGAGAAGUCAAUGAGAGAAGUGAAAAAUUCUUCCUUAGGUGUUAAUUUUCUCGAAAUCUAAAGGCACAACCUGGAUUUGAGCCAAUGUCUUAAGAAGGUGAAUAUGUUAUUACUACAACCUCGUGAAAGUGACAAACUGACACGUUUUCAUUUUAGUAAAAAACAACUUUAUAUCAAAGGAGUGCCUGCACAUGCAAGACGACGUUAGACCCAAUUAUGUGUUUCUACGCAUGUGCUUAGCUAGCCAACGUCGCCAUGACUUCGUGAUGGGGGAUUUCUAUUAGAGAAGUCGUUUCUGACUAUCUUCGUACUGUACUGCAGGGGUUCCCAAACUGUUUUGGCCCACGACCCCAUUUUGAUAUGGGAAAAUUCUCGCGACCCCACCCCAUAUUUAAAAAAUGAUGUAAUUAACAGCCAUUGUUUACUUUUUGAUGUGGGGCUAUGGCAGUCAACAGAAAAACAUUCUAACAGUAUUUCUGAUUGUUUUCUCAACUCACCAUCACAUACUGUUAAUGUGGGGCUAUGGCAGUCAACAGAAAAACAUUCUAACAGUAUUUAACAUUCUAACAUUAAAACUAGCGCGAGCCCACCAUAGUAGAAGCUAACUCAGAACAUUAAAACUAGCGCGAGCCCACCAUAGUAGAAGCUAACUCAGAACAUUAAAACUAGCGCGAGCCCACCAUAAUAGAAGCUAACUCAGAACAUUAAAACUAGUGUGAGCCCACCAUAGUAGAAGCUAACUCAGAACAUUAAAACUAGCACGAGCCCACCAUAGUAGAAGCUAACUCAGAACAUUAAAACUAGCACGAGCCCACCAUAGUAGAAGCUAACUCAGAACAUUAAAACUAGCACGAGCCCACCAUAGUAGAAGCUAACUCAGAACAUUAAAACUAGCGCGAGCCCACCAUAGUAGAAGCUAACUCAGAACAUUAAAACUAGCAUGAGCCCACCAUAGUAGAAGCUAAGUCAGAACAUUAAAACUAGCGCGAGCCCACCGUAGUAGAAGCUAACUCAGAACAUUAAAACUAGCACGAGCCCACCAUAGUAGAAGCUAACUCAGAACAUUAAAACUAGCGCGAGCCCACCAUAGUAGAUGCUAGCUCAGAACAUUAAAACUAGCCAAGUACAGCCUUUUGUGGCCAAACUGGUAUUACUCCUCUUGUAUAGGAAAAGGGCACUCUGCUAAGUAAAUACCAUAAAUAAUCUCUGUCAUAUUAGUUUUGAAUGACAAUGUGUGUGUUUGUGUGUGUUACAGUCCCAGAACCCUCCAGGAGAUUCCUCCCUUCCUGUGUCCGGACCGGAACAAGGUGAACUUCAUCCCUAAGAGUGGCUCAGCCUUCUGCCUGGUCAGCAUCCUGAAGCCCCUGUUGCCCGCUCCGGAGCUCAGCUUCAGAUCAGGGGUCGGCCUCCGCAGCCUGUCCCCUAGCUUGGUGCCUCUGGGUGGGGUUGGCCUGCGCAGUCUGUCCCCCUCCAUGGUGCCUCUAGGUGGGGUGAGCCUCCGUAGCCUGUCCCCUUCCCUAGGGGUAUCCUGGGGCACCAGCAACGUCCACCAGCAACCCUGCCUGCCCAGACACCUGGAGGAACCAGAGAGC